AUGUCUGAACAUUUUACUACACAAGAUAUAAUAGAAUGUUCUGAUGAUGAAAAUUACGGUUUUAAACAGAACCAGAUGAACGAAUGUUAUCCUGAACCAUCUGAAAUUUAUUCGUUGUACAAAACUUUGGAGUCAGCUAAUGUUGCAUCCUUAAAACUAGAAUGGACUUGUCCUGGACGAAGGGAAUUAACACCAGACGAUAGUCAAGUAUCUCAGAGUAGUACUAAUGAACUUUGUGAUAUUGCAGAAUCACUGGAUCAAUCCGAUUUUGAUUUUGAAGAAGACAUAUCGCAUAUGAACUUAAAUCGUAUGGAUGGUAAAAAAGAAUUAAUAGGAAGUGCUAAGAAGAAGACUACUACUUUAGAUGCAGUCUUAUCAAAUAUGGCUAGACAUCAAAAAUUAGACAAUAUGCUUGAUGAAAAAUUUGAUUCAUUAUAA